AUGAAGAUACGUCCAGCAAUUUUCUAUCGGAAUCUGCUGACGCUAGCAUUCGCCUUAUUUGUCUUUUACGCUUUUUAUCGAAUAGUAGCUUAUGACGAUGGUAAUCAUGAACACUUGCGUAGACGACAAAAACAUCUCUACCUCACAGUUUCGAAGGAUAGGAUUGAAUCUCGUCUCCCGACUUUGUCGCCCAAGCGAAUUUUACUUUGGACGCCAAUUUUCGGAUCUUAUCCUACAGGCGUAUUAGAUGAUUGCAAAGAUUUUGUGGAUCGCUGUAUUUUUGAUACGGAUCAUAGUCGUAUUGCUAUUGCUGAUGCCGUUGUUUUCCACAGUAAAGACAUAACCAGUCGUCCGUUUCCGGACCAGAAUCAACGGAACAUAACUCAAAAAUAUGUUUACAUGUCCAUGGAAACACCUGAAAACAGUGGGAUGUAUGCUGUUCCAAAUGAAAUCAAAUCAUUGCCUGAAAAUCUAUUUAAUUGGAUAGCUACCCCUCUGCUUUCUUCGGAUGUUAUCUUCAAAUAUGGAUCGUUCUGGAUCAAAACAGCUGAUGCUGAGAGAAAAGGAUUUCGCAUUGAGAGCUUCCAUUUCGAUAUAGAAAAAAUGGAAAAAAAGAGGAAAGGAGUUUUCGGAUUGAUUUCCAACUGUAACACAGCGAACAAACGAGAGAAAAUAAUCGAAGCCCUCAGCAAACAUAUUGAAGUUACUAUUGCCGGUAAAUGUAAGAACAAGCCUGAGUAUGCGGAACUCUGUCCGCGCGGUAAGGACUGUCGAGAGCUUUUUGAGGAAUAUCCGUUCUUCUUUGCAAUUGAAAAUUCCGAUUGCCGCGAUUACGUGACUGAGAAGUAUUGGGAUCGUUACAAAUACGUCUCCAUUCCUAUUGUGAUGCAACGAUGGGUUUAUGAAGGAAUGAACGCUCCUCCAAAAUCCUUCAUAGCCGUUGACGAUUUCAAGAACAUUAACGAAAUGGGAGAGUAUUUGAAUCAUCUUCAAGGCAACAAGACCGCAUACAUGGAAUAUUUUAAAUGGCGAAACGGAGAUUGGACUAUUGCACCCUGGAAUUACCCUGGUUAUAGAAACGGAUGGUGCAAACUAUGUGAGAAACUAUGGGACUCGGACAACAGUACCGAUGUUUCUCAAGAGAGAAUUAAGAGCGUCUAUGAACAUUACACUAAGGAAUCCCACUGUGAUGUUAGCUUUACGGAAAAAUGGCUUAGUACCUGA